AUGGCGGCCACCCCCAGCAAGGCCGCGUUGGCUGCCGUUCUCCUGCUGCUCGUCGCAGCGGCCGCCGUUGCGCCGGGGUCCGCGAGUACCCUGACCGCGUUCUCUGGCCCGGGGUGCGCCGGGAGAACCAAGGACGUCAACGGCUGUGGGUGCUUCGACAUCAGCGGCUAUCAGGGAGGGUACCACUUCGUGUUCACCGAGGGCCAGGCCGCCACGCUGUACAAGGGCUCCCACUGCGAUGGAUCCUACGUCUCCCUCUACAAGGAGACCCGCCGAUGCAAACCCAACAACUUCAAGAGCAUCUAUAUGAGCUGCUGA